AUGUCGCAAAAGAGUUUUAGUGAUAGCAACCAGAGAACGAAGACCAGCGUCAGCAGGUCGCGACAAUUUUCCGAUUACACUCAUGGAGAUGACAUGAAGCAGGUCUGUCUUCCACCUAAAAAGAUUGCUAGACGGCGCGAUGUUAUUCCAUUCCACAUUCCUCAUCGAUCCGUGCUAGAGAAGUACGAGGCACCGAAGGGUGAAAUGCCAGAACCGUUGACCGGAUUCAGAGAUAGACAAUUGUCGCUUUUGAGAAAUUUGCCAAGCGAUGUAGGCGCGCAUUCGCAAUAUUUCAUCUCCGAAGUAGACACCGGUCAUCCAGUGGAUGUCUACUUCCAGCACCACGAUAUAAUUCUUCCGCAUUUCAAAUUAUCCAAUGUGAUAAACCAAACUUCCCUGAUAAACGACCUCAGAACAGGAAAAAUACCCGGUUUCGUCUACUUGAUCUUCGCAGUGCCCAGAUCAUCAGAACACUACACCCCUUACGCCUUAACGAUGGUUCCUUACGAGAAGAUCGACAAAUCUUAUUUCUUAACAAUGAGCGCUCACGGUGUAUUGCAGAACAUCGACGCCGAACAAAAUUUCACUUCUCUGGACAAAUGGGAGAAGGAAUACGAUAUGUACUGUCGCCUGAUGCGCUUCAAAUGCUUCUUCAACUUUCGCAAAUGGAAAGCUUUCUACGUAUGGAAAAAGACGAUUUUGUUCACGAAGAUCACCGACGCCGGCGAUUUCCUCAAGAACAACCUCUUCAUCCUGAAUCCGCUUCUGAGAGACGCAUUGUUGCGCAUUCGGGAGUUGGUGCAGAAAUUGCACGAUGCCACGUUCAGCAACAUCUCUCAAAUCGAGAAUCAACAUCUGUUUUACUUCAUCGAAGCCCAAAUGGACAAAUUGGAAACGAUGCAAGGAACGUUGAAGCAUUUCCGAAAUGUAACUUCGGAGAUCAUUUCAAAUGCUUGCCAUGGGGCUUUACUCGACAAAGGAUUUAUUGUUGAUGAAACUUUACAGGAGCAACCUGCACGUAAGGGAAGGGAUAAAAAGUUAAAAACGUCCUACAUUGAACAGGCCAACAAGAAGAAGUAUGCUGUUAGGCUAUGCUGUUUCAUCACAUUGAUUGACUAUUUGAUGGUGGAUAUGCUGCACAAGCUGAUCGUUAACUCGACACAGGAAUUAAUACAUGCUCUGCAAAUCCACUAUAAUUUUUUACCCACUGAUGAGGAGAUGAUGGCAAUGGAUAAAGAUGACAUUGAUCUGACUAGACCUGAUGAUUGCAUCCAAUUGCCACUUUUCAUAGUCGAUGUGUUAAUAAAACCUGGUGAACUUUACUUGAAUCCAUCGUUACAAGUCACGUUGAAUAUAUUCAAUCAAAUUCAAACAUUGUGGGAGGACACCGUUGGAAACGUGAAACCCUUCAUACCAGAUAAAUUAUUUAUGCCAUUUACACAACCCAUCAUCAAUGGUAAAAUUGAGGACCGGAUUUGCGGUUUUGGACCUUCUCUUACCUUCUACAUUACCGAAAAUCAACAUCUGACUGAUAUCAAAAUAAAUGUACGCGAGUACCUUCAAUCAAAUUACAGAAUUGCAGGACUUUAUAUUAAUAAAUUGAACGUGAUCAUGGAAUUCUUCACGGAAGAUAGUCAUAUGGAAGAGAGCAUUAUCGAGGAAGAACGAAGUUUGGAAAACUUCAGGCGUCUGUGCACGAAGUUCCACGAUGAAGUGGAGACUAUAGAGAAUCUAGGCGAUAGUCAACCCAUGGGAAUCUUGUAUCUUCAGCUGUCAGAAUUGAAGGAAUUAACGUUACCUGAACCGUGCAGAUUGAUCUGGACUUUGGAGCGUGUCAUGCCUGGAUUGGGCAAGGAGAAAGUUGAUAUGCUCAUGGAAUUGGUGGAUACUUCGCAGGAAUAUUUAGAAAAUGAACCCGACAACACGGUGGACUACGUCAAGUACUUGGACUUUAUUGAUGCGGCACCAGGUAAAGCGGACACCAUGGAAGCGGAUUUAGAUUAUUGCAAAGAGCUUUACGAUAUCAUGGAGGAAUUCAAGAUGCCCGUCUCCGUGGAUGAUCUGUCCAAUUAUCUUGGCUUGAGCGUCACCAUGGGAACGCUUCGAAAUACCAUCGAUAAGAAAUCUGAAGAGCGAGAUAAGAUCGUGAAGAGGUUCAACGAUCAACUGAACAAAGAUAUUAAUGAGCUCAUCGAAGAGAUUGGAAGCAUCAAAAAUGAUUGUCUGGAACCAUGGUUAUACGACGUUGAGUCCAAUUUCGAGGAAGUUACCGAAUACCUGAAGGAACUCUACGAAAAACUUCUGGAUUGUCAACGCAGAGCUAAUGAGUUCAAAUCGUUCCAAAAGCAAUUUAGAUUGGAAGUCACCAGAUUUGAUAUGCUGGAAGAGGUGAUGGCUGAUGUGAAGCUGAGGAUGUUACUGUGGGAUAGUGUGGACAGUUGGGAGAAGCAAGUCAAAGAGUGGUACGAGGUUGAUUUCAAUACUCUCAACGUGGAGGACAUGAACUUAUUCACUGCCAAAAACGUGAAGAACAUUACGCAACUGGAGAAGGGUUUGCCUAAGAACCUGGUUGUCCCGGACCUUAAAGAUUCCGUUGAAUGCAUGAAGGACAAAUUGCCAAUUAUAACCUACCUGAGAAAUCCAGCGCUACGACAACGGCAUUGGUUGAAGAUCGAAGUCCUAUUGAACCACAAAUUCAAACCAGACGAGGAACUCACGUUGGAAUUAUUGGAAUCGUUGAAAGUUUUCAGUUAUCCGGAAGAGUUGAUGGAGAUAUCCGGACAAGCCAGCAGCGAAUUUAGCUUGGAAGCUCUACUCAAAAAGGUGGAAGAAGCUUGGAAGUCGUUGGAGUUCCCGAUUAUAGCGCAUCGUGAUAGCAAGGAUGUUUGGAUUUUAGGAUCCACUGAAGAAGUGCAAGCUGUUUUAGAUGAAAGUAAUAUUAAUAUGAAUACCAUAUCAAGUUCGAGACACGUAGGACCUAUCAAACCACGCGUGGAUGAGUGGAUAAGGCUGUUGGAUCAGUUUACACGAACUCUGGACGAAUGGUUGAUGUGUCAACAAAGUUGGAUCUAUUUGGAAGUUAUAUUCUCUGCACCUGAUAUUCAAAGGCAAUUGCCUUCUGAAGCUAAGAUGUUCUUGAUCGUUGAUAAGACUUGGAAGGAGAUUAUGCGACGUACAUCCAAAGUACCAUUGGCUAUGGAGGCCGCAACAUAUCCAGGUCUAUUAGAUGCCUUAAUCAAGAAUAAUCAACUCUUGGAACAGAUUAUGAAGUGUUUGGAAUCGUAUUUAGAAACGAAGCGUGUCGCCUUUCCACGAUUCUAUUUCUUAUCCAACGACGAGCUGUUGGAUAUAUUGGCUCAAACGAGAAAUCCCCAUGCUGUACAGCCACAUUUGAGAAAAUGCUUCGAUGCAAUAUCCCGUUUGGAGUUUGGCACCAAGAAUGUUACAGAAGGUGAGGAUGGUGAGCUUGUGGAAACGGCCACUCCGGUUCUGACCACGGAUAUCGUGGCUAUGAUCAGUCCAGAGGGCGAAAGGGUGGUUCUGAGCAAAGGUUUGAAAGCCAGAGGAAACGUUGAGGAUUGGUUGGGUAAAGUGGAAGAGGCGAUGUUUGCUUCGUUGAGAAAAUUGAUGAAGGCAUCAAUCUACGAUCACAUCUCAAGACCCAGGAACAAAUGGGUGCUGGAUCAUGCGAAUCAAAUCAUUCUAACUGUAUCUCAGAUCAUGUGGGCCAGAGAUGUGCAUAUGAUAUUAGACGAAUGCCGAUAUGCAGAUAGAGUCCAUGAAAUGGAAGCUUUCGAAAAGAAAAACAUUGCCGAAUUGAAUAAACUCGCCGUUCUAAUAAGAACCGAUCUUCCUAAAGUCACUAGAAGGGUUUUGAUUGCGUUAAUUACGAUCGAUGUUCAUGCCAGAGAUACCAUAAGCAAUAUGGUCAAGAGUAAAGUUACAGACAGUAAUAACUUUGAGUGGCUCAAGAUGAUGCGAUACUAUUGGGUCGAGAAUAUAGAUAAUUGUGUUGCUAAAAUGUCGAAUGCCUCCUAUGUGUACGGGUACGAGUAUUUGGGAGCUGGAGGUGUUUUGGUAAUUACUCCUUUAACAGAUAAAUGUUACUUGUGUCUGAUGGGCGCUUUGCAACUCGAUUUAGGUGGAGCCCCUGCUGGUCCAGCUGGUACAGGAAAAACGGAAACGACCAAAGAUUUAGCAAAAUCUUUGGCCAUCCAAUGCGUAGUCUUCAACUGUUCCGAGGGCUUAGAUUACAAGAUGAUGGGUCGCUUCUUCUCGGGAUUGGCGCAGUCAGGUGCCUGGUGUUGCUUCGACGAGUUCAAUCGCAUUGAUAUCGAGGUACUUUCCGUAAUUGCCCAACAACUCAUAACCAUAAGAAACGCAAAAGCUGCACGAUUAUCCAGAUUUAUGUUCGAAGGAAGGGAAAUAAAGUUGGUUCAAACAUGCGCAGCUUUCAUCACCAUGAAUCCAGGUUACGCGGGACGAACCGAAUUGCCGGAUAAUUUGAAAGCUCUCUUUAGGCCGGUUUCGAUGAUGGUACCGGAUUAUGCUUUGAUCGCCGAAGUUACGCUUUAUUCCGAAGGAUUCGAAUCUUCCAAAAUACUCUCACAUAAGAUGGUUCAAAUGUAUAAACUAUGCAGUGAACAGCUGUCGCAGCAGGACCAUUACGAUUUCGGGAUGAGAGCUGUAAAGAGUGUUUUAGUGAUGGCUGGAUCCUUGAAGCGAGCCAAUCCAGAUAGGAAUGAAGACGUCGUACUGAUUUGUGCACUUCGUGACAGCAACUUGCCAAAAUUCUUGGCAGAUGAUGCCUUACUCUUCCAAGGGAUUUUGAACGAUCUGUUUCCUGGCGUCGAAUUACCAGUUUCUGAUUACGGUGUUUUAGAAGCAACAAUCGUGGAUAUGAUGUUGGAGAAGAUUUUGCAGCCCGAACCUUGCAUGAUUAAGAAAGUGAUACAAUUACAUGAAACAAUGAUUGUGAGGUGGGGCGUUAUGCUUGUCGGUCCAACGGGUGGUGGGAAAUCUGCGGUUCUAAGUACUUUAGGUAUGGCUUUGUCGAAAAUGUACGACGAUGGAAUAACCGGUCCAUAUUUUCAUCCGGUCCAUACCUACUUCAUGAAUCCCAAGGCUGUUACGGCGGGAGAACUAUAUGGAGAAGUCAAUCCUUUCACGUUAGAAUGGCGCGAUGGAUUGAUGGGAAUCAUGGUGCGAAAUGCAGUGCAAAAUACCACGGAAGAUCAUCAGUGGGUGGUGUGUGACGGACCGGUGGAUGCUGUCUGGAUAGAGAAUUUGAAUACAGUGUUGGAUGAUAAUAAGAUGCUUUGCUUGGCGAAUUCCGAAAGAAUCAAAUUGACGCCAUACGUGCAUAUGGUUUUUGAGGUGCAGGACUUAGCACAGGCGUCUCCUGCGACGGUGAGCAGAUGCGGUAUGGUCUACAUCGAUCCUGGGGAAAUCAAGUGGUUGCCCUUCGUCAAGUCUUGGCUUCAGAAAUUCGACGAAACCAUCCUCUACUUGGAAUAUCAGGAAUACAUUUGCGAAAUGUUUGAAACUUAUGUCGAGAAUGGUUUCAUUUUUAUCAUGAAGAAUUGCGAUUACGCUAUCCACCAGGUGGAUAUUAGCAAGGUUUCGAUGGUUUGCGCGUUGCUGCAAGGUAUCAUUGAUCAAACGAAAAUGGACCGGAUCGGAGAGAAGGCUAAAGUGAAAGGAUUCCUAUGUCAAUCUUUUGUCUUUUCGUAUAUUUGGGGAUUAGGCGGAAACCUUGUUGACUCUUCAAAGGAAAGUUUUGAAACAUACGUGCGUGAGCAGUUUGACGACAAUCCAGAUGCGAGAUUGCCGGCGGGAAGUGAUCUAUGGGCAUUGUACGUAGACACGGAAAUACAUCGCCUGGAGAAUUGGAUAAAACUGAUGCCGCAAUUCGUGUACGAUCCGGAGGUUGCAUUCUUUGAAAUGCUUGUUCCAACGUUGGAUACCGUCCGUUACGGCUACGUAAUGGAACAAUUGAUAAACGUGAACUAUCCAGUUCUAUACACUGGAGGUACUGGAGUCGGGAAAUCUGUUAUAGCCAAAGGCGUGUUACAUCGCCUCUUCGUCACCGGCGAUUUCGUUCCAAUAACUAUGAACUUUUCGGCGCAGACCAGCAGUUUUCGAACUCAAGAAAUUUUGGAGCUGAAGCUUGAGAAACGGAAGAAAACUCUGCUCGGCGCUCCUCUAGGUAAAAGAGUGAUCCUCUUCGUGGAUGACGUUAAUAUGCCAAAAUUGGAGACGUACGGUGCGCAACCUCCUAUAGAGUUGCUGCGACAGUUCUUGGAUUACCAAGGUCUGUAUGACAGGGAAAAGUUAUUUUGGAAGGAUAUCAAAGACGUGGUGCUGGCUGCAGCGUGCGCUCCUCCUGGUGGUGGCAGGAAUACGCUAACUCCAAGAUUUGUACGGCAUUUUGGGAUGUUAUUUAUUCCAUCACCAAAUGAAUAUUCAUUGAAGAUGAUCUUUAAGGCGAUCAUCCGUGGAUUCUUCAACGAUUUCUCCAACCAAGUGCGAGAUAUAGGUGACUCUUUAAUUAAUGCAGCAGUGGAAAUUUACGAUAGAAUUUCCGAAGACUUGCUGCCGACGCCUGCAAAGUCUCACUACGUUUUCAAUCUUAGAGAUUUAUCUAAAUGCAUUCAGGGUAUUUUGCAGGCGGAUUCGGGCACUAUGCGUGAACCUCAAUCAAUGCUCAGAUUGUUUUGUCACGAAUGCUUACGUGUCUUCCACGAUCGUCUGAUCAACGAACAGGACAAAAUCUAUUUCUAUUAUAUGAUGAGAGAAACGUGUAGCAGGUCCUUCGGGACUCCUGUACUGACGUUUACAGACGAGUCAAUCCAAGAAGCGCCGCCUGUCCUUCUAUUUGGUGACUUCAUGGUGAUGGGGGCUGCAACGGAAGAUAAAAUUUACGAGGAGAUUAGAGAUAUCGAUAAAAUGAAGAACGUCUUGCAGGAUUAUCUGGAUGACUAUAAUCUUUUGACAUCGAAAGAGAUGGACCUCAUCUUCUUCAUGGACGCCGUAGAGCAUUGCACUAGGAUAGCAAGGAUCCUUAGAUCAGAAAGGGGAAACGGUUUGUUGGUCGGUGUAGGUGGUAUGGGAAAGCAGAGUCUAACAAAAUUGGCGUCCCAUGUGAACGGUUAUAAAUGCUCUCAAAUUGAGUUGACCAGAAACUACGAUCAUGCUGCAUUCUUCGAUGAUGUCAGGAAGAUGUACUUUAAUGCGGGUGUCAACUGUGAGGACACGGUGUUCUUGUUUACGGACACGCAGAUUGUCCAGGAAGAAUUUCUCGAAGACAUAAAUAACAUUUUGAAUUCUGGUGACGUUCCAAAUCUCUUCGAAUCCGAUGAAUUCGAGCGGGUUGUCAUUGGCUGCCGCAGUGGAGCUAAAGAAAAUGGAAUUGAAGAGAACAAUCGAGAUGGUAUUUUUGAAUUCUUCAUUGGUCGCGUUCGCAACAAACUGCAUCUUGUGAUCUGUAUGAGUCCAGUUGGUGAUGCCUUCAGGAGGAGAUGUCGAAUGUUUCCAUCGUUGGUAAAUUGCUGCACGAUAGAUUGGUUUGUGAAGUGGCCACAAGAAGCACUUCUUUCGGUAUCGAAAAAUUCGCUGAAGAAAAUCGGAUCUCCUGAACUAUGCGAGAAUCUUUCCAGCGUCUGCGUUUUAAUACACGAGAGCGUGGAAGCAAUGACCGAGAGAUUUUAUAACGAGGUUAAAAGGUAUUAUUAUACUACUCCGAGCAGUUAUUUAGAACUCUUGAAGCUUUACAAGAAUAUGCUGGAUACAAAGAAGGCGAAAAUACUCAAGACUAAGGACAGAAUACUUAACGGAUUGAAUAAACUGUACGAAACUAAUACCGUUAUCACUUCAAUGAAAGAAACUUUAACCGCAAUGGAACCAGAAUUACAGAAAAAAUCAGCCGAUGUUGCUGAUCUAAUGGUGUACUUAGCAAAGGAACAAAAGCAGGCCGAUACUGUAAGGACCGUGGUGAAGAAUGAUGAAGAAAACGCUAAAGUGCAAGCUGAAGAAACUCAAGCAUUGGCAGCAGAUGCUCAAAAAGAUUUGGACACUGCAAUGCCCGCAAUGGAGGCAGCAGUCAAAGCUCUGGAAUCGCUGAACAAGACUGACAUCAAUGAAAUUCGCGUGUUUCAGAAACCUCCGGUUCUCGUCAAAUUCGUUAUGGAAGCUGUAUGCUUGCUACUCGGAGCAAAAACGGACUGGGCUAGCGCGAAACUAGUGAUGGGCGAUGGAAAUUUUCUAAAGAAACUGCAAGAAUACGAUAAGAAUAACAUACCGGAGAGCACGCAGAGGAAGCUCAAGGUCUACAUAGACAAUAAAGAUUUCCAGCCGGAUAUAGUUGCAUCCGUCUCCAAAGUGUGCAAGAGCAUGUGUAUGUGGGUCAGGGCCAUAGAUAUGUACGCAAAGGUCUACAAAAUCGUUGAGCCAAAAAGAAAGAAAUUGCAGGCGGCUGAAAAGAUCUUGAAUAAUGUUAUGACAUUGCUGCAGGAAAAGCAACGUCAGUUGUUCGAGGUUGAGUCUAUGAUCCAAUCGCUUCAAAACAAAUUCGAUGCAAGUAUUGCUGCGAAGAAGGAGCUCGAGGAUACCAUGGAUUUAACGGCUGCCCGUUUGCAAAGGGCAGGACGCUUGAACAUCGCCUUAGCAGAUGAACAAAUUCGCUGGGAGCAAAGCAUUAUCAGAUUCGACAAAGAAUUGUCUUGUAUUGUUGGUGACGUUUUAGUCGCGGCCGCCUGCGUUGCUUAUUACGGAGCGUUUACCGCAACCUACAGGAAGGACUUAACAAAUUUGUGGCUUAACAAAUGCUACGAAAUGAAAAUACCAUCGUCGCAGACGUUCAGCCUUAUUGGUGUUUUGGCCGAUCCCUAUGACAUCCGAAUGUGGAACACUUGGGGUUUGCCCAGAGAUAAUGUUUCGACGGAUAAUGGUAUAUUGGUAACACAGGCAGGUCGAUGGCCUUUGAUGAUCGAUCCACAAGAACAGGCCUAUCGCUGGAUACGGCAGAUGGAAGCGGAAAACAAUUUAAAAAUCAUGAAGCUCACCGAUUCCGGAUACAUGAGAAAUAUGGAAAGCGCUAUUCGUAUUGGAUUACCGGUUCUUAUCGAAGAGGUCGGUGAAACUUUGGAUCCCACAUUAGCACCCAUAUUACUGAAACAAACAUUCGUCCAGGGUGGAAGAACGUUGAUUAGAUUAGGAGAUUCUGAUGUGGAAUACGAUUCCAAUUUUCGCUUGUACAUUACAACUAAACUGGCAAAUCCUCAUUACCUACCAGAAAUUUGUAUUCAAGUAACGUUGGUCAAUUUCACAGUGACACCUUCAGGACUCGAAGAACAAUUACUUGCAGAUGUAGUACGAUUAGAAAGACCCGAUCUGGAAUCGCUCCGAACUGAGCUGGUAAUCAGAAUCAACAACGACAAAACGCAAUUGCAAAGUAUUGAAGAUAAAAUUUUGCGGAUGCUUUACCAAUCCGAAGGCAACAUCUUGGAUGAUGAAGAAUUGAUCGACGCUUUGAAUGAAAGCAAAGAAACGUCUGGAAUAAUUGAAGCCCGUCUGAUUGAAACAGUGGCCACAGAAGAAAAGAUUUCCGAGGCUCGCGAAAAGUAUAGAACCGUUGCAACCAGAGGAUCAAUACUUUACUUCGUCGUAGCAAAAUUGGCGGAUAUUGAUCCGAUGUAUCAAUACUCUUUAAAAUAUUUUACUCAGGUAUUCGAUACGGUUAUUGAGGUAAGCGAAAAGAACGAAGAUUUGGAUAUUAGGCUGGAGACGCUAUUCAAAGAGAUAACAUUGGCGGUGUACACGAACGUUUCCCGAGGUCUCUUCGAACGGCACAAAUUGGUGUACAGUUUCAUGCUGUGCGUUGUAGUUUUGAAGGAGGAUGGACUCAUUACCGAUGCUGCUUACAACUUUUUGCUGAGAGGUCCUGUGGGUUACAAAGCGCCGAUGGAAAAGAAACCCGAUAUUGUUGGCUUAACAGACAACACUUGGACGGCUGUUUGCUAUUUAGAGCAGACCUAUAAGCAAUUCGAUGGCCUCCGGUCGGAUUGCCUGAAAUCCAUAUUCAUACAAAUAGGAGACUUUGAAUACAACAUUUCAUUCACGGUCACUGGAUUGAGAAGAGCACAGAGUAUGAUCAACUGGAACGGAAAUGUCGACGAUUUCGAUAAAUUGCUGUUGAUCAAAACUCUUAGAGAGGAGAAAUUGGUGUUUGCUAUUACGGAAUACGUGAGGAUCAAACUGGGCCAACCGUUCGUUGAGAGUCCUCAAGUUUCGCUUCAAAUUCUAUACCAAGAUACUUCCAAUAUAACGCCCUUGGUGUUCGUACUGAGCACUGGUUCGGAUCCUUUUGGCGCGUUCCAGAGGUUCGCAGCCGAUAUGGGAUACACGGACCGGAUCCAAUCUAUUUCCUUGGGUCAGGGUCAAGGACCUGUGGCAGAAAAGCUCAUAGAGCAAGGAAAGUUACGCGGCGACUGGGUGUUCUUGCAGAACUGCCAUCUGGCCACCUCAUGGAUGCUCUCCAUGGAGAAGAUCAUAUUGCACAUUGCAGAAAACCCUCAACAGGUCCACGACGAAUUCCGGUUGUUCUUGAGCUCGAUGCCCUGCAAAACGUUUCCCGUUUCCGUGCUACAGAACUCCGUGAAGGUGACCAACGAACCACCGAAAGGUUUAAGGGCCAACAUAAAACGAGCAUUCAUCGAUAUGCUGGACGAAUUCUUCGAGGAUCACAUUUUGGGACAACAAUGGAAAUCAAUGCUUUUCGGCUUGUGCAUGUUCCACGCAGUCAUUCAAGAGCGAAAAAAGUUUGGACCUUUAGGAUGGAAUAUAACAUACGAAUUCAACGAUAGCGACCGAGAAUUCGCCUUCAACACUUUACAAAUGUAUUGCGCGGAAGGAGUCAUCCCUUGGGAUGCCUUGGAAUACAUAACAGGCGAAAUCACUUAUGGUGGACGAGUCACCGACUACUGGGAUUUGAGGUGUUUGAAGACAAUAUUGAAGGGUUUCUUUGCUCCACACACCGUGGCGAAGAAUUAUUCGUACUCUGAGUCCGGUGUCUACUAUUGUCCAGAUUUCAUGACAUUGGAAGAGUAUAGAAAUUUCAUAGAUGAACUUCCAAUUUUAGAAGAACCAGAGAUUUUUGGAAUGCACGAAAACGCCAAUAUUGCUUAUCAGGUGAAAGAAACUCAAAGCUUAAUUAACACAAUUAUGGAGAGCCAACCUCGGACCUCUGGUGGAGGAGAGGAAAUAUCUACAGACGAUGUGGUUUAUGAAUUGGCUGAAACAGUAAUAACUACGAUCCUUCCGAAGAUUAAAAUGGACGAUGCAAACGCCAAGAUGUUUGUGAGAGACGAUAAAGGAAGGUUUCCAUCCCUAACGACCGUGCUGAAGCAAGAAGUGGAUCGUUUCAACAAGAUGCUCAAGAUGAUCCACACGUCGAUGGAAUCGCUGCAGAAAGCGAUCAAAGGUCUGGUGCUGAUGUCUGACGCUUUGGAAGAAGUGUACACGGCCUUCAGUAAUAACCAGGUUCCAAAAAUGUGGUCGGCCCGAAGUUAUCCGUCUCUGAAGAGUUUAGGAAGUUGGAUCAAAGACUUGGAAUUGCGUUUGGAUUUCAUCUGCGUCUGGCUGAGAUCGGGCCAACCCAAUUCCUAUUGGAUAUCUGGCUUCUAUUUCCCUCAGGGAUUCCUCACGGGAACCCUGCAAACGCACGCUAGGAAGUACAACUUGCCAAUCGAUCAGCUCAAGUUCAAUUUCAUUGUUAAACCAUACGUCUUACAUCAAGAAGAAAUCAAAUUGGGACACGACAAUAACGGCGGAAAAGAAGAUUAUAGUUUGUACGGAGAUCUGGAAGCCCCUCGUGACGGAGUGAACCUGCACGGCAUCUACAUGGAUGCGUCCCGCUGGGAUUUCAGGAAUAUGAUCUUGACCGAUCCGAAGCCUGGUGAGGUAAAUCCUUCGUUACCGGCUUUGACUUUAAUUCCGGUAACUAAAAUGCCAGAAAUCGAUCCCAGAUAUAUUGCGCCGCUUUACAAGACUUCCGCCAGGGCUGGAACUUUAUCGACGACAGGACACAGCACGAAUUUUGUAAUCUCCGUCUUAUUGCCGACAACUGAAAAGCAGAGCUUCUGGAUUUUGAAAGGUUCAGCGCUCCUGACGCAAUUAACGAAUUAG